AUGGCGACCGUACGCAUCUGUCUUUGCGGCGACGAUGGCGUCGGCAAGAGCUCCAUCAUCACGUCUCUCGUCAAGGAUGUCUUCGUCACAGCCAAGAUCCAACCCGUCCUACCACAGGUCACCCUACCGCCCACGCUCGGAACGCCUGACAAUGUCACCACCACCAUCGUCGAUACUUCCGCCCUCCCCCACGAACGACACACUCUCCGUACAGAACUCCGAAAAUCCAACGUAAUCCUCCUUGUAUACUCGGACCAUUACAGCUAUGAGAGGGUUGCCUUGUUUUGGAUGCCCUACUUCCGCUCGCUGGGCGUCAACGUGCCAGUGGUGCUAUGCGCGAACAAAUCGGAUAUCGCUUCAAACGGCACGACGUCGCAAGUAGUGUCGGAGGAGAUGCUGCCAGUCAUGAACGAAUUCAAGGAAAUCGACUCCUGCAUACGGACGAGCGCCAAGGACCACCACAACAUCAACGAGGUCUUCUUCCUCUGCCAAAAGGCCGUCACCCACCCGAUAGCACCCCUGUACGACUCCAAAGAGAAUGUACUGAAGCCGGCGGCUAUCUCUGCAUUACAGCGCGUCUUCCAUCUAUGCGACACAGACAAGGACGGAUAUUGGAACGACCAGGAGAUACACGAUUUUCAGAUCAAAUGCUUCGAGAAGCCACUGGGCGACGAUGACCUGGCAAACAUAAAGAGGUCGAUGGAGCGGUUUGCUCCUGGUCUGACCGGCGAAUAUGGCAUGGACGAGAAGGGCUUCCUGCUGUUGAACAAAAUCUUUGCGGAGAAGGGUCGGCACGAAACCAUCUGGAUUAUACUGAGGAAGUUCCACUACACUGAUAGUCUCAGUCUCCAGGACACGUUCCUCCAUCCCAAGUUUGAUGUUCCUCAAUUCUCAUCGGCCGAGUUGAGCCCCGCUGGCUACCGCUUCUUUGUGGACCUAUUUUUGAAGUUCGAUAUGGAUAAUGACGGAGGACUCAAUGAUAGAGAGCUUGCCAAUCUAUUCGCACCCACCCCAGGCAUGCCAACAUCAUGGGUAGACUCUGCAUUCCCGUCGUGUACGGUGCGCAACGAAGCAGGGUACAUCACGCUACAAGGUUGGCUCGCGCAGUGGAGCAUGACUACUUUUGAAGAACCCAAAACGACUCUCGCGUACCUAGCAUAUCUCGGAUUUGAAAGCGGCGAACGUGGGGGGACGACCAGCGCACUUAAAGUGACCAAAGCGAGGAAACGAAGGAAGAAGCCUGGGCGAGUCGAACGUAACGUCUUCUUGUGUUACGUGCUUGGGUCGAGUGGGAGUGGAAAGAGCUCAUUGCUGUCUGCUUUCCUUCAACGACCGUUCAGCCACACGUACCAUCCCACUAUAAAACCGCGCUCAGCUGUCAAUAGCGUUGAACUCAAAGGCGGCAAACAAUGCUAUUUGAUUCUAGAGGAGCUCGGCGAACUCGAACCCGCGAUUCUAGAAAACCAAGCCAAGCUAGAUGCGUGUGAUUUGUUGUGCUACACAUACGAUUCGAGCGAUCCCACUAGCUUUGCGCAUAUCGUCGAGUUGCGGAAAAAGUAUCCUCACCUUGAUCAACUACCAGCGGUAUAUACAGCCCUGAAGGCAGAUCGGGACAAGACGAUGCAGCGGUGCGAGCAACAGCCCGACGAAUACACCAGCGCUCUGAGGAUGGCGCCGCCUCUACACGUCAGCACGACGUGGAACAGUAUCUCGGAGCUGUUCGUCCACCUAGCCGAAAGCGCUACCUAUCCAUCGACGGCUUUUCCCAAACAGGAAGAAGACGAAUAUGACUAUCUCAACCUUUACUUAGCGCUCGGUGCCGUUACCUGUGCAGUAGGUUGCGCCAUGUUCGUCUGGAGACGCAGCAGCGCGUCCUCCUGA